AUGAUGGGAGAACGAACUACAGCAGCCCACCUCCCUGCUCUCCUUAGGAAGCAGCGGGCGCUGGCAGCCCUUCGCCUGCACAACGCGGGUCAUCUGUCGCUCGAGGAGCGCCGCUCUCUCUGGAGAGCAAACAACGGAGCCGCUCCGCGCCCCGGCCUCGCGCACGGCCACGCGCUCAUUGCCCCGCAACGGCCGCAGCGCGCGGCCGGCAGGGAAAUGGCAGAGCCGCGCAGCGCCGUGGCUGAGGACAGCUGCUGGAAACGAUACGUUGAAAGUGAGCUUGAAACUGCAAGAAGAUGGUCUCACAAAUGGGGAUUUUUGAAAACAGCUCUUGAGGAGUUGAUUGAAGAUGAAAAGAAAAAAAAACCAAAGCCCAAGAUACAGCUUCCAGAGCAUCUGCGGAUUCGACCUGUGACACCUGUGGAAAAAUAUAUUAAGGUGGAUCCAUCUCCUCCAGUUCCAAGGACUUCCCAGGGAUUUAUUGGCUGGAGAUCAGCUGUUCCAGAGCUGCAACUUGAACGUUGCUUUCAAAUCCAGAGCUGCAAAGGCGCCUUCUCCAAGGAUCUGCGCUGGCCACGCGAGCCCUCGGACUGA